ACUCGGGUUCACAUUGCCAGCGUCUGUGAAAUUGAGCGCUUGCAUGUUUGCAGCAGAAGUGACAACAGCAGCUAAGCGGGGUGCUUUGUUGUGCGCUGUCAACUUAGUGAAUAUGGCUUUGCUUAUCAAUGUUUAUUUAUUUCAGUGCUGGUAAUCUAAGGAUUUAUGAUGUCGUGCACAAAACAAUUGCACCUGCCUGUGUGACAUGACAUAAUUUGAAUAAUUGUGUGUGUCGAGGAUGCUGCGUCUGCGUUGCAAGGCCAAGAACGGGACUCACCUCAUGCAGGGGCUGACCAGCCUGUCCUGUGUCCAGGAGCUGAAGGACAAGGUGGCUGAGCUGACAGGAAUCCCCUGCGAGGUGCAGAAGAUCAUGGCCGGCUACCCCCCAUCAAGCCUGGACCUCAGCAAUGGCGACGUCCAUCUGCAGGACUUCCCCAUCAAGUCAGGAGACACUUUGAUCGUCGAAGAAGAGAAGAAUAAACCGAAGCCCCAGCCUCCUGUAGGAGUUUUGAAGUCCAAUGCCACCCCCAGCCUGCCGAAGGAUUCCUCUCCUGUGCUAGCGAGGCGUGUGGUCCCCGCGGACAACUCCUGCCUCUUCACCAGCGUGUUCUUCGUGGUGGAAGGGGGUGUCUACGACCCCUCCUGUGCCCCAGAGAUGCGGGGCCUGAUUGCUCAGAUCGUCGCCAGCGAUCCCAGCUCCUACUCGGAGGCAGUGCUGGGGAAAUCCAACCAGGAGUAUUGCGACUGGAUCAGGAGGGAUGACACCUGGGGGGGUGCCAUCGAGGUGUCCAUCCUGUCCAAGUUCUACCAGUGUGAGAUCUGUGUGGUGGACACCCAGACGGUCAGGGUGGACCGCUUUGGGGAGGAUGCAGGCUUCUGCAAGAGGGUCUUGUUGAUUUACAAUGGGAUCCACUACGACCCCCUUCAAAGGGUGGUGCCCGGUUCGGACGCACCGGCCCAGACCAUCUUCUCCACCAGCGACGAUGUCAUCCUGGCGCAGGCUUUGGAACUGGCCGACGAGGCGAGGAGGAAGCGGCAGUUUACAGACGUCAACCGCUUCUCCCUGCACUGCAUGGUGUGCCAGAAAGGCUUGGUGGGACAGGCAGAGGCCCGCGAUCACGCCAAGGAGACCGGGCACACUAACUUCGGAGAAGUGUGACGCUCCCUGCCCCGGAGGCCUCUUCCUCUACCUCACAGUCCCAGCGGCACUCUGGGGUUAUAAUUAAGCUAAACAAAGAUAUUAGUCAGUGUUAAGGAAGCUAAAUCCACCAUGGUUACAAAGCCAGGACUGCCUCUUUAAAAUAUACUAUUACUGUUUUUAUUACUGAUUGUUAUUACAGUAUUGGCUGGUUUCAAAGACCACAAUUAGCAUGAAUUAUGGGUUAUGUUACCCAAGAUAACAUAAGGUUGUAUGUUGUUGGUGCUAGUCAAGGUCUUUGAAACCAGACAUAUUGUGUUUUAAACCAUGUUAGGAAUUUAUCACAAAAACAAUGUACCUUUGCUUAGUCACUGACACUCUGAUAACCUUCUGUGGUAACAAGCUCUAACUGGGAAGUUUGCCCCUGAGUUGGAUUGGUGUUGGACACUUGAAUGCAUGUCUGCUGUAAUUUAUUCAGAAAAGUUUUUUUUACAAGAUAGUUAUAAUUGCAAAAUAAUGGGAAGUUACCAUAUUGAAAACAAACUUACUGUUACAGUUUCCCUGCCAUGCUUUACAUUCUCUUUUCAGGGGGCAUGACAAUUCUGAACUGUGUGCUGAAGCAUACACUUUAUUACCAAGCUUACUUUAACACAUGUUUCAAUCACUAGACUUCAAGCAUUGCAAAAUGUUGCUUUUUAUUGUUAGUUUUUUUUUAAAGACAGCUGCUUAGUUUGGCACCGUUUUAGUAUUAAUUACAAUACAGUUUUGCAGCGGUAAUCUGAGAUCGGCACUGGUGGAGUCUGCAGUCGAUGGAGUGUCCAUGCUAACCUUGACUGCAGAGAGCUACACUUGCACUGUUUGCAUGAGAAGCACUUGUCUUGGAUAGCUAGAUAACUGAGCACAACGAAAGUCAAGGCUGUCCUGUGCGUGUUCACAAUAUUGAAUGCAUGUCACCCCUGUUUAAAUACCCUGUUGUGUGUGUGUGUUCCCUGACCUUGCAUAUUACUGCUUCUGCUUCUGCUUCCAUCAUUAUUUACCAUGGUUGCUAACUGGUUGUACAGCUGCUUCCGGAUGCUGAACUUCAGAGAAGUGAGACGGUUUGAAUAUUGAAAAUGGCUGCAAAGCUUAUUUGCGAUAGGGACUGAUAGAGAACACAUGUAACAGGAUAUUAAACAGGUAACAUAUGAAAUAGUCUGACAACAGAGUCAGUGUAAUAAGCCCCUUGUGUUAAGGGCACUUCACGAAAGACAAGGCCCUCUGCCGAGGGUAUUAAUGCUUUUACUAACCAAACAACUGUUGUUGACUGUAAAGACAUGGCUUCUUGUACUGAAUCACAUUACGGUGCUUGAAACAAAGCUACGGUGCUGUUAGCUUUACCAUGAGAUAAUAACAACUCAAAACUUGGACCAUUUGUAAGGUUUAUAAGUAGCAUUAUUUUAACUAGUACUGGAUUUACUUGAUUUUUUAUUUUUUCUGUCUUGAAACAGCACAUUAUGGACAAUGGGGUUAGAGUAUUAUUUUCAAAAAAUGUUGCAAACCUGAACCAAACCUUUCUGCAACUGACCAGUGUAGUGCCAUAGAAACAUCAACUAUCUAAGGUACAGAAAUGUGCUUAAACAUACUUUACUGCUGUGAUAACAUGGGUACAGGUAGAACAAGCCAUAUUCCCUGCAACUGCGACCAACUGCAUCAAGUUCAUUAAUAAUCCGGUCUAGUUCACUCUAAUGUUUUCAGCAGCUUGUGUGGGUUGCCUGAAUGCUAAUCAGCCCAGCAUUAAAGCAGGAGUCGUUUAUACAGAAAUGAAUCCAGGUUCUCCCUUGCUUGCUGCGUAAGAAACCUUUUUGUCAUUGCUUUGUACCGGCAGUGUGAGAAGCCGUUCGUUUACAGUACCGUGAACUAGUACAGACACAGGUGCUUUUUAUUAAUUUAUUUAUUUUUCUAAAUAUUUAUAUUUAAUCUCUGAUUGCUGAGGUCUGUUUUUUGUGAUAGUCUGGUUUGGUUCAAGUAUUGCAAAUUAAUUGUAAACCAACAUACACACACACACACACACACACACACAGUUGUAAGUAAGUAAACUGGAAUACUUCACAGGAGUUCUACAGGAUUAUUAACUGGUAGAACGCUAGUGUUUUGGAACCCUUGUUGAUUGCUACAAUCUGGAACAGGGUUGGAGAAUGCAAAACAAAAACACAAUGACUGUUUAGAAAACAAUUCCCUUUUCCUCAGGUUAAUCUGCACUUUGAGACUAUGGAAGGAAUCCGGUACAACACAGUGAACCUGUACUUGAAAGAAAACAUUUCUAAUUCAGCGUCUGGAGUAGCCUUUGUUUGAUUCCUAACAAGCCUUUUUAAAUAUAAUAAUAUCUAGAGGGGUCUAUCUUAGCUGAUUUUGUUUUAGCAAUGGUAGCAUAGUGAAUGGAUGAAUUUUGCAUAGAAUUAAAUAAAAAGUUGAUGAAGUUAUUCAUUGUGAAGAUCAUAUUUGCCCUCCUUUCCUGAAACUGGCACGUGAAUCUUAUACGCAUGUAUACAGUACAUAACACUGCAUAUUGUGAACUCUGUCGUAUUAAGUAGCCAUAAUAUUUGUGGGCAAAAUAAGGCUGCUGGUUUUAUUAUUGUUUUUAAAUACUGACUUGAUAACACACCCACACACAUUGAUUUAGUGACCUAUAUUGUACCAGCUUUUUUGCAACCUAGCUCUUAUUGAAAUCUGGAGUGAGUGUUCUCUCCCAGCCCCUAAUCCAGGGGUACUCCAUUCUGGAUCAUCAAGGUUAAUGCCUUUGUUCCAGGGCAGGGGGGGGGGGGGGGGUGUGUGUCUACAUUUUGAACUGGAAUGAUAUGCAAAUAGGUCAGGAUCCAGGUGUGCAAUGUGUCUUUGGAGCUAGAUUUAGAUCAGGGAUCACUAGGCUGCAAGUCCACAAAGCCUGCAUUUCAACACACUGCACCACGACAGAGAUAGCAUGCACGUGAUUGAGCAGUGUGUGGUUUUAAAGGCAUCUGACUUUCUCUCAGAUUUUGGUACUCUUAUAACUGACCAGUACUGAUUCUGGUAACUCCUAGUCUUUGUUUUGUGGAUUUUCUACUUGUAUUGCAUCAGUAAAACAAAAAAAAAUAAUUGCCAUUUGAAUAAAACACAGGCACCGCUGCAAACACACACACUCCCCAAACAAUUUGGAGUACAGUGCCUUGACAGGAUUAACUGAAGUCUAACUGGAAAACCUUUUUGGUAUUCCUUUAUUUUGGAUGAGGUCCACUAUAGUGGGGCACCACUGAUUUGCAACAGUAAGAGGUUUUGUUGUUUACAGACAAUAGUUUCUGUUUACUUUGAAAACCGGCUCAAACACUUAUCAGUGAAGCAUUCCACCAGCUGCUAAAAAUAGCUUGUAAAAAGGUAGCGUCACCUGCUUUCAAUAUUACUACUAUAAUUACCAAGUGCUGUAAACACACAUGCUGCAAUUUAAGCUGUAUCAUACUGAUUCUGCAAAACUGUAUUCUUAUCCGGCAGCUUUUCUUUAUUUACUCUCUUAGCUCCAAUGGUAACCUUCAGUUUCCAGAGUGGGUUGUUAUGAAUAAGCUAAAGCAAUUGGUGAUCUACGUGGCUUAGCCUUUAAGUUAUUAUAACUAAGCUGCUGCAUUUUUUUAAUAGGAUUGCAAGGUACCGAUGAAGAUCUGCCACUGAAUGGUUGGUUUUAGGUAUAGGAUUUUGACUGCUGAGUUUGUUGUUCUGUAUGAAAAACAAUUUCUUGCACAUGUAAUGUGUGUAUAACUGGUGUAGCAAAUAUGAGAAUUGAGAAAACGUGUGGUUUUAGAGUUACAGUAACAGCAGCUGGAAUUUGCUAAGGUAAACCGUUUGGACAUGUGGACAUGCAGAAGAUUAACAACAUGCCGUAUUUGCAUGGACCAGUAUCUGGGAAAUACUAGGAGAAAAACACCAAACCAACCAUGGGACUUUAGCACCAAGAGGCUGCAACAUAGGGGCUGAUUUAGUCCGCAAACACCAGGUGUUAGUUAGUGACUGGGCUGGUGCAGAAAUCAAUCUCAUUGGCAUUUACCCUGGGGAAAAUACUGUACCUCUAGAACCACACUGCUGUCGUUGUCAAGGACAAUCUAGCGACAGCGUUGCAUGAUGAGCUCAGGCGCUGUGCUGUUUGCAGAGUAAAACACUUGUAUGCACGUAUGUUGUGUGGAAUAUGUAUCAUGUAAUUAAACUCUCAAUAGCCACCCAUGCCUUUAAGAAUCACUGAACUCAUGCCUGGUGAUAUUUAUGAUGUUAAUAAAAUAAGACUGAACAGUGCUGGGUAGUUUGCUUGCU